AUGGCUCCGCUUCCUCAUAACGAGGCGGAACUGGACAGCCAUACUUCGGACUUGGCCAGCCAGGACUCUCCGCUGCGCCGACAAUUCUCCGAGCCAUUGCACGCUCACUCUACUUCUACUCAGGCGUCUCCAUCCCCCUCCCCCAUGACGCACAAAUCUAAAUGCUCUUGGUGUGGCAAGGGAUUCGAGUCUGCCAAUGAUCCCAAGUCGCAACAAGAUGCUCUCAAAGAACACAUUGCUACUGUUCACCCGCACAUUGCCAAGUUCUCCUUGUAUGGUGGUCCCGGCGACGAUGAAGAAUCUCAACUUCAGGAAGCCAAUCCUCAAGCAGAGGACAAUGCAGAGGUAGCGGCCGAGAGUGAAGCGGAUGACGAAGAGCAAGAUGAAGCCACUGCAAAUGGCGUGACUGAGGCGACGGAAGCUUACGAUAACGACAAGGACCAAAGCGUCGAUGGCGAUGAAUUGGAGGCUGACGGUCCAGAGGCUGACGCUCUUUCUAAUCAACUUCAUGAGUUCUCUCGCGGUCAAGACUCAGUCUCGUUGGAUCAACGUCUUCACAAUUUGUGGAACGUCAAUGAUAUCCGUAAAUUCUCGGAUGACUACGACGAGAAAUCGUCUGAGCUGGACCACU